AUGCCGCCGCCAGUAACAACACCAGAGUUUCGGGUGGCGAAGCUCGUGUCUUGCCUCAAGAAGCACCCCGCUGACAAGGAUCGCCUUCUCGCGCGCAUUGAGAAAGGACAGGCCCUCAACAUCAAGGGGGUGCAGUUCACGAUCGAGGAGAUGGAGCUGGCGUUGAUGCAGUACAACGAGUGGACCGACUUGCCCGACGAUGAGAAGCCCUUCCACAUGGGCGAGGCUGCCGGGUCUGGAGAUGCUGCUCCACCAGGCGCCUUUGAUUUCGAUCACCUUCAAUUCGCACUUGUGCCAGUGCCAGUGGCGCCACCGCUUCCACCUCCUGCUGACCCGCCUCCCGACGACGUCGCGCCAGCCACGACUACGAGCGACGCCACGCACCCACCUCAGGGCCUCAAGUGGACAGACUACGAGCUCAGCGCCUUGGAGGGGACGCUCAACGUGUUUCGGGAUCGCGUCGAGGGCCGAUGGUUCGUUGCCCUCUCGACGACGUGCGAAUGGGUGAAGUUGGAGCAGACUCAUAACCUCAGCACCUUCGACGUCGAGUUUGGGUUGGACGGCGCCCCCACGAUUAUAUUCGAGGUGCUGCCCGAGGGCGUCGACGGUGAUGGGCACGCCUGGGAAGUCAACCAUACGCUUGGAUUCAUUUCGCUCGAGUACACGACCAAGGCAACCAAUGCCAAAGUACUGAUAUGUAAGGAAGCCAACGAUUACUUCGGGAUAUACUCAUUAUCAGAAGCCGUGUCGCGCCACACCUCCCACGUCGUUCGGAUGAAGACAGGUGUCGGAGGUGCACGAGUCACACUUGUUGUUUUUCGGUUUGGAGUUAAACGUAAGUUCGCCAAUUUUUAUGUCGUAGUGAAGGACGUGUUCAAUAUGCUGGACUUGGGUCGAACUACUGCCAGCGGCAGUGUCUGGGCAGCGAGGUACUGGCCUUCAUGGGAAAAGUAUUUGAAGAAGCUCGGCAUCACGAGCGUCGAGAAGUCCGUGCAGACUGAGCCCGACAGGAAGAAGCAUGGGGACGACCCUACGAGAGUAUUGAAGUGGCCGUCUGUCUCGACAGAGGCCUUGUUUGCGAUGUGUUGUCGCUGGGCAUUUUGUUCGCAGCAGCAGGGUGGCUUCUCGCAGGAGAAGGACCAGGCCUCUGCCAAGCUGAUCAUCGGGACAAUGAUGAAGAUAGCGAUGCGUGGGAGAUCUACGAUACCGCUCUACUUCAAGAACGUCAGGCGAACACCCUUCGGUCAGAUCAUUGGCGACAGAGGCCCGUUCCACGUGAAGAUUGACGGCAGUAGCCUCGACUUGAGCAUCUUCCAGAAGAACCGCAUGAGGGCCGACGGCGUCGAGGCGGUCCGCUUCUGCACGUAUUUGGAGAAGGAGAAUAUCAACGGCCAGGACAUCCGCAUCAUGACGUUCUUGGAGGCCAUCGCGCCGUCGGUCCACUGCAUGAGCACGUACUCCCAGAUCUGCUGGCGAGUAGGCGAGUACGUCGAGAAUGCUAUCAGCACGAGCCUGGACCACGGCCAGCGGUUCGACGACUUCGAAGCCUCGAGCCCAGACGACUGCAACACCUCGGAAGCUCAAGUCGGCCAUGAGAACGCACUGUAUUUGCUCGGCUGCAAGGCCCACAUAGAUCAAUGUGGCGUACAGUUUUUGAGUUCCGCCACCGACAAGUCUCGCGUGAGGGGCAUGGGGCUGCAGAACACCGCCUUCGCGACACCAGAUGGGGACAUCGCCGACUUCACAGGCCACAGUACCAUGGCGAGCAUCCUGUCCGACGCCGGCGGCGACGCAGCACCCGCCCAGAGGGAUCUGCAGCGCGCCUGGUUGAAGAGGAAGCUAGACGAAUCAGCCACGUUCAAGCCGAAGAAAGUUCGCCGCAAGUCAGCCUUCCAGUGGCUCGCUGCUCUCGGCAACCAGGUCAAGUCAUUCAGCAUCGACGGCGGCCUGCAGACAUACAGCCAGCCAGAGGACAUCUCCACGCGCGAGCCAGCGCUGAAGUGGCCGAGGAUCUCGGCCGCCUGUGACCUCGGAUCGGACGGAGUUAGCGCCCUGAGCUACUGGAUUCACCAGUUGCGAGGCUGCAUCGACGCGAUCCCUGACCCCUCGCACGGUGUUCACGACGACAUGUGCAACAGCCUCAAGUUCGCUGGGUUGUUCGAUCAUUUGCUGUCCGACGUCAUCUGCAUCAACUUCGCGAACGGGCCCUGGUCGGAAGACACCCACUUCAAGCGCAUGCAGCAAUGCCCCCAGGACACGUUUGAGGCCAGCUCCCCUGACAAGAACGCGUUGUUCCAGGAGAUGAUGAACGACAUGUUGGCGGACCCGUCGGCGAAGGACAUCCGUGGUGACGAGGACUGCGGCCAGCUACUGUGGGACGCUAUUCCAGAGAGCAACCCAUUGGUAAAACGUGGAGGCAAAGCUGUCAUGGGCAGGUUCAUGGAAAUCAUUCGCCGCAUCAGGAAGGAGCUUAACGAUUACAAUGCCAAGAGGUUCUGCGUCCUCACCACGUGCCUCGAGCUCGACCUGCUGAGCAGCAAGGCGGCCUUGAAGAGACUGGACGCGCCCGCCGACGAGAAGACGACCAACGUUAAGAAGAACACGGACAAAGUCGAGCUGGACUUCGCUAGGGCUUGCCUCAAUCAGAUGGCCAUCGCUGGCAUCAGCAUGCUCGACCCGUCGUGCAAGCGCAAGGACCACAUCAUAUGCCAGGGAACUCUGCAUUGGGACAAGUGGCACAGCAAGCAGAACACUGAGCUGAGGUCUUGCUUCGCUUCUGCGGACUGGAUCGUGAGUGAGCUCCGCUCAAACUUCAUCGAUACCAUGUUUGCGGGUUGGGCCGACCUUUGCAAUGAGCGAGUGAUGAAGGAGAGCGGCUUCCACGUCCCGACGACCGUGGCCGAGCUGAAUUCCUUUGACCCUGAGGAUUGCGACGAGGGCGAGGACUACUUGGCCUUCACCCUCUUCCACUUGAACAUGGGCACCACGUACUAUCGCUCGAUGAGGACGCUGCCGCUUAUAUCCGCAGGUGCCGCGACCAGUACGACGAGUGUCAACGUCGUGGAGCACACGCCCGACCUCCAGGCCGUCGUCGACCGCCACGUCUUCAAGCGCGUGUCCGAGGAGCAGGUGUACAGGGUGUUGAAGGAGGCCGACUUCACCAUCACUCAGGACGUCGUGGCUUUCUCGAGGAAAAUACACACCAAACUUCUCGCGAGCCAGGUCGACGAGGACGCGUUCAACGUGCAGAAGAAUAUGCCUAAAUACAAGAACCGCCAAGGCAGUGUCCAGAGAGCCUGGAGAGGACUGGUGAAAUCCAAGAUUCUUUCGACUCGCCACAAAUUUAUUGAAGUACAGCCUUCGUUUCAACCGGUGGCCAGGGACAUGUCUGUACCAGAGGGCUGUUUCAAGACCAAGGCCAAGGAUACGCCGAAGGAGCUUCACAAGAUCAUCUCGUGCAAGCAGAAGACCUCCUGGCCGUCUCCUAGGAGCGAUGCGUGGUCUGUGCCUUACGGCGAUUUAGUUCUCAUCGACUUCGCCCUUCGGUCAGGAAAGAUGAACAUGAUGCAGCACCGUUGGCUCGGCGGCCUCAUGCGCGACUGCGUGGCGGUCAUGGCAAGGAGGAAGGAAGCAGGUGACGCGGCCUCGGUGCCAAUGCUCCCGUGCGGAUGCAUGCCCGACUCUGUCGUGGUCAUGUUCCCCUUCAAGGAGAUGGCCGUCCCGAAUGGGGGCGCAGUUUUUGCACCCGUGCGACCUGCUGAUCCUCUAGACUUGUACCAGGCCGUCGUCAGCCUUGAUGAUUGGGAGGGCUGUUGCAUCACGGUGCAAUCACCAUUGACUUUGCGCAGGAGUUGCGGCUUCGGCGGCGAUGCUGGCGCAACCGACCUUGGACGCAUUGGACUCCGCAAGGUCGACGGCCACAGCUUCGAGCACAUCCUCAAGGCGCUGGCCAGAGUUGCGUUCAAUAGCGUGAGACUGCCUUUGUUGCAGAGGCUGGCGGCUCACCUUCGGGUCGGGGUGGAUCCAGGCGCUGGCCUCUUCGGCACCCUGGUCGCCCUGAUCAGCAAUAUCUUGAACCCUAUUUCGGAGAGUGAUAUUCUCGAUAUCCUGGCUAAGAGGCUCACGAAGAUGCACUCCAGAGUAUGUGACUCCAUCGAUGACCUCUUGGACUUCGAGGACCAGCUCGUCUGCUUGGACAGGGACGACUUCGGCAAGCUGCAGGAGACCAGGAAGAGAAGCGAAUAUUCGAAGGAGGUCUUGACUGACUACAUCAAGGAGUACGCCAAGAUGCGCGAGAAGGUCAGACCCGAGCCCAAAGCUAAGGCGAAGGGCAAGGGCAGGGGCAGAG